ACGGUACAAACCAAAAAAAUUGCAAACUUUUAAGAACGUGAUUACGUAGCUCCAAGGGUUUAUCUUCACCAGUCACUACCUAUUCUCUACUGGUUCUCAAAAAUGAAGUAUUUACGAUUCAUUUCACCCAAAUUCACAACUCUACAAAACCCUAGACCCAAUUUUUUAGGGUUCAUUCAACCAUCAAAUGCUAACUCCACGCGGAAUCACACUACUCCAGCUCAAGAAUCAACGCCUAAAUCACCGCCACCGGCGGCGAAGAUCACCUCAAUCGCCAAUGAAAUCUCGAAUUUAACAUUGCUGGAAGUGGCGGAUUUGACGAGUUUGCUAGGGAAGAAAUUGGAGGUCAAAGACUUGCCGAUUGUCUCGUUGAUGAUGCCUGGAAUGGGGUUCAGCCUCCGAGGAAUGGGUGGCGCUGGAGGCGGUGCUGCGGCAGCUCCGGCGGAGGAGGAGAAGAAGGAGAAGACUGCGUUUGAUUUGAAAUUGGAGGCGGGAUUCGAGGCCGGGGCGAAGAUUAAGAUUAUUAAGGAGGUUAGAAGUUUUACGGAUUUCGGUUUGAAGGAAGCUAAAGAGCUGGUGGAGAAGGCUCCGGCUGUGUUGAAGACUGGGGUUUCGAAGGAGGACGCAGAGAAGAUUAUCGAGAAGAUGAAGGCGAUCGGUGCCAAAGUGGUCAUGGAGUGAGGUUCAUCUCGGGUUUUAGUUAGAUUUUUUGCCUAAAGAAGGUUUGGCAGAAUGAAGGAUUUCUUCUCUAAUUUGUGGCAUCGUUAAGCUUGCCAACUGUUGCACACACCAUGCUUAUUAGAAAGGGCUAUGAUAGGGAUAAAUUAAUAUCUCAAUGAUAUACCUUGGUUUUUCCAUCAAACUUGUAAGUUUUCUCAUAUCAUUCAUCGUUGUAGUCUUUAAUGGAAGUAGGUGAUAAUGAUCAAAAUUGCACACUCAAUCAUGUACCUUACAGUUCUGCAAUGGUUACUGCAACAUAAUAGAACAUCUCCAUUCUUAGA